AUGACUGAAGAUUUCCGUGCAGUAGCAAUUGUUGGAAUGGGGCCUGAACCACCUGAAGAUGAAGACAAAGAUAAGGAAAAUUUGUUUCUUAAACGAGAAUAUAUUAGAAAUGCUGCAGGAGCAGGAGCCCGAGCUUUACAGGAAAGAGGAAUUGAUGAGAUCUAUGUCGAUCACAUGUUGGAUGGCGAGGCUGCAGCAGAAGGUGCAACUCUGGGCGUUUGGCUUGAACAACAAUUUAAAAAUUACGAAGAUCAGUUAACUGAGUCUAAAGUUUUCUUAUAUGAAAAGGGUGAUGAAGGGAAACACAAGGAAAUGUGGGAAAUAGGUUUCGAAAAAGCCAAAGCUCAAAAUUUAUCAAGAUAUUUAACUGCUCUUCUUCCUGCUAACAUCAUGACACCUACGAUAUUUGGUCACCAUUGUGCUGAAGAAUUAUGUCCUUGUGGUGUAACAGUUGAAGUACACGAUCACAACUGGAUAAAAUCCAAAGGUAUGGAAGCAUUUUUAACUGUAGCUCAAGGAUCAUGUGAGCCACCCGUACUUGUAGAAUUAAAAUACACUGGAGGAGGGAGUGAUGAUCCAGUAGUCAUGGAGCAGAUCCAAAGUAGCCUGGUGGAGCUCUGA